AUAUAUUUUUUGAAAAAAUAACAAAAAAAGAAAGGUUUUAAAUCCAUACUCAUUCACACACAUACAAAAAAGUCGAAAAGAAAGCAAUUAAAAUGUUAGCAAUGUCAAGCUUAAUGAUGCCAGUUCCAAUGCUUGGAUCCAGCCAACUUGUCCAUAAGCCACCAGAGGCAAAAUUACUGGCAAUUCAUUCAGCUGUUCAUAAUCAGCCUCAGCAAACGCCACAACAUCAUUUGCAACAACCCAAUCAUAUGCAGCAACAGCCCCAACAGCAACAAUCGAAGCCAGAACACUAUCACAUUUUCGUUGGCGAUCUCUCGCCCGAAAUUGAAACGCAAACAUUGAAAGAAGCUUUUCAACCAUUUGGAGAAAUUUCGGACUGUCGUGUCGUUCGAGAUCCACAAACAUUGAAGUCGAAAGGAUAUGGAUUUGUGUCGUUUGUCAAAAAAUCCGAAGCGGAGAGUGCCAUAGCAGCAAUGAAUGGUCAAUUCCUUGGAUGUCGUUCGAUUAGAACUAAUUGGGCCAGUCGUAAGCCACCAGCAAAGGCAGAAGCAAAUAUCAAACCGUUAACAUUCGAUGAAGUUUAUAACCAGAGCAGUCCCACAAAUUGCACCGUUUAUAUUGGUGGCGUUGGGGGUAGUUUGUCAGGUGAAUUGACGGAAGAAAUUUUACAGAAAAAAUUUUCACCAUUUGGCACGAUUCAGGAAAUUCGUGUAUUUAAAGAUAAAGGCUAUGCAUUUGUACGUUUUUCGACAAAGGAAGCGGCAACUCAUGCCAUUGUUGCUGUACAUAAUUCGGAAAUUAAUCAGCAGACAGUCAAAUGCUCAUGGGGCAAAGAAUCGGGAGAUCCAAACAAUGUGCCAGCAAUUGCUGCAAGUCAAGCAUUAUCACCAACAGGCUAUCCAUUUGGAUAUGGACAACAAGUUGCUGGAUAUUGGUAUCCACCAACUGCACCGGCUACUGCUUACUCGACAACACCAGCUGCAGCUGCUCACUUACAGAGUCAAUGGCAAGGUAUGCAAAGUUAUGCUUAUGGACAAUUUGCAGGAUAUCAACAAGCAGGCUACAUGGGAAUGGGAGCAUCAAUGCCAAUUCCUGGCACAGCAUGGGUUCCACCAACAGCACAAUUAACGCCAGCAGGAACACAAAGUGUUAACGGUGGUUUACCACAAGCGAUUGCAGCAUAUCCAACAAUGCAACAGUUCCAAGUUAGCCCACAGUUAACUGAAGAAGAAUGGAUUGCUGCUGCUGGUCCAGGUCUUUUGGUUUAAAUUAAUGUAUUGUGUGCAAUUCAACCUUAUUCAAUUCUCCCAAAAAAAUAAAUAUAUAUAAGAACUAACUCUACACAGAGAGA